CGGGGGAAACACUCACGCUUCCUGAGGAGCCAAUAGACAAAGGGGACGCAGAAGGGCUUCCUGAGUUCGGGGGUCGGCUCAAGAUGGCGGCUGCCAAAGGGGGUUGGUUGGCGUGCGAGUUGUUGAGGUUGAAAAUUUGUAUUAACACAGUGGCUUCCUGAAUAACAGUAUAUACAUAUUCUCUCCAAAGUUAAGGUUUUUUUACUCAUUGUUCUUCCCUGGGCUAAUUGUGUGUGGAAUUUUAUGUGUAUGUUUGUUCAUUGUCCUUUGGAUGAUCAGACUACUGCUUCAGAAAAAGAAAAAAUCAGUGUCAAGCAAAAAUGGGAAAAAUCAAAUGGUGAUUGCAUUUUUUCAUCCCUACUGCAAUGCUGGUGGAGGAGGAGAAAGAGUUUUAUGGUGUGCCCUAAGAGCCCUGCAGAAAAAAUAUCCUGAAGCAGUUUAUGUUGUUUAUACUGGCGAUAUUAAUGUCAGCGGUCAACAGAUACUAGAAGGUGCCUUCAGAAGAUUUAACAUCAGAUUGGUUCACCCAGUGCAGUUUGUUUUCUUAAAGAAACGCUACCUUGUGGAAGAUUCACGCUAUCCUCACUUCACACUGUUGGGCCAAAGUCUUGGAUCCAUUUUUCUUGGCUGGGAAGCGCUCAUGCAGUGUGUCCCUGAUGUUUACAUUGAUUCAAUGGGAUACGCUUUCACGCUUCCUCUGUUUAAGUAUGUAGGAGGUUGCCGAGUUGGAAGCUACGUUCAUUAUCCCACCAUCAGCACUGACAUGCUCUCUGUAGUGAAGAAUCAAAAUGUUGGAUUUAAUAAUGCAGCUUUUAUUACCAAAAAUGCUUUCCUCAGCAAAGCAAAGCUCAUCUACUACCAUCUAUUUGCUUUUAUUUAUGGACUUGUUGGUUCUUGCAGUGACACAGUCAUGGUCAAUUCUUCCUGGACACUAAACCAUAUUCUGUCACUGUGGAAGGUUGGGAAUUGCACUAACGUUGUCUACCCACCUUGUGACGUGCAGACAUUCCUGGACAUUCCCUUACAUGAGGAAGAGAUGACCCAAGAGCAUCUGCUGGUUUCCGUCGGGCAGUUCAGGCCCGAAAAGAAUCAUCCUUUGCAGAUCAGAGCCUUUGCUAAAUUGCUGAGUAAGAAGGUGGUGGAGUCACCUCCUUCACUGAAACUUGUCCUCAUUGGAGGUUGUCGGAACAAGGAUGAUGAACUUAGGGUAAAUCAGCUGAGAAGGCUGUCUGAGGAGUUAGGCAUUCAAGAAGAUGUGGAAUUUAAAAUAAACAUCCCAUUUGAUGAACUGAAGAAGUACUUGUCCAAAGCAACAAUCGGUCUGCAUACCAUGUGGAAUGAGCAUUUUGGGAUUGGCAUUGUGGAGUGUAUGGCAGCUGGCACAAUUAUCCUGGCGCAUAACUCAGGGGGCCCGAAGCUCGACAUUGUCGUUCCUCAUGAUGGACAAAUAACUGGAUUUCUGGCUGAGACUGAAGAAGGCUAUGCUGAGACAAUGGCUCAUAUUCUUUCCCUGUCUGCAGAAAAGAGACUCCAAAUCAGAAACAGUGCGCGUGCAUCUGUAAGCAGAUUCUCUGAUCAGGAGUUUGAAAUGGCAUUCCUGUCGUCCGUGGAGAGGUUAUUUAAAUAAUGGUAUAUCCGUGCAAAUUAGAGAAACUUUUAUAAUAAAUUCAGCCUGAGCAGUAUUUAUAUGGCAAGGUAUUUAUUUCAAUGAAAAAAGGCAGAAUUACCUAAUUGGAAAAGCUUAUAGUUCAAGGUAAAAAGGCAUAUAGCUUAAAAGUGAGAAUUAUAGUGUUUGUUCUUGAUUUCUGAAAUUUGGUCUCAAAUUUCUGAAAAAUAUGGGAUCUGAGAAAAAAUAUUUUUUUAAAGAUUUAUUUAUUUAUUUGAAAGGCAGAGUUACAGAGAGGCAGAGGCAGAGAGAUAGGUCUUCCAUCGUUGGUUCACUCCCCAGAUGGCCACAGUGGCCAGGGAGUGAACCAGCUCACUAGGCUAAUCCUCCGCCUGCGGCGCCGGCACCCCGGGUUCUAAUCCCAGUCGGGGCGCCGGAUUCUGUCCUGGUUGCUCCUCUUCCAGUCCAGCUCUCUGCUGUGGCCCGGGAAGGCAGUGGAGGAUGGCCCAAGUGCUUGGGCCCUGCACCCGCAUGGGAGACCAGGAGGAAGCUCCUGGCUCCUGGCUUCGGAUCGGUGCAGCGCACUGGCCGUAGUGGCCAUUUGGGGGGUGAACCAACGGAAGGAAGACCUUUCUUUCUGUCUCUCUCUCUCUCACUAACUCUGCCUGUCCAAAAAAAAAAAAAAAAAAAAAAGUGGAGCAGCUGGGACUGGAACUGGCACCCAUAUGGGAUGCCAGCACUGCAGGCAGCAGCUUUACCUGCUAUGCCACAUCACUAGCCCCGAAAAAAUAAUUUUUUUAAAUUUAUUUAUUUGAAAGGCAGAGUUAGAGAGAGGAGGAAAGACAAAAAGAGAGAAAGCUAAGAAAUCUAAGUAGAUGGCAAGGUGGCAUUCUGAGAGGAGCUCUGGCUGAAGUGGCAGCUAACAUCCGGGUCUGACCUCAGCCUCCUCCUCUGCAGAUGUCUGUCUGCCUUUUGACACCAGCGCUGCUCCCUAAUCUCCUGAGACUCAGGCUCUUUGCCUGUAAUCUGGAAGUGUUGAUGCCGGUCUCACCACCUUUUAGAGUUGUGAUACUGAAAUGGAAAGCAUAGGAUACGUCUUUGAAAAUUAUAAGUUAUUUCAAUUAAAGGUAAAAAUAUUCAGUAAAUAUCUUCUGUACUCCUGUGUUUAAAUGUAUCACAACUCUAUGUAGAUUCUUGGUUACUAAGCCAGUAGUUCAGAAUCAGUAGAAAUUUAAUACCACCUCUAUCCUGAAUAACUAGUGUGGAGACAUGAAUGUACGUGUGUGCAGAUAAGGCUACAAAGACCUACAACUUCUGGCAUUUGCUAUAUAUGUAAUCAGUUUCUUCCACUUCAGUGAUUUGACCUGCUUCUCAGUCUGAUUAGUCUUUGAGUUGGGGUAUGUGAAAGAGGUCCUUCAACUUGCCUGGCUUCAUUUUUUUUUUUUUUUUAACAUUGAUUUAUUUAUUUGAAAGGCAGAAUUACAGAGAGGCAGAGGCAGAGAGAGAGGUCUUCAUCUGCUGGUUCACUCCCCAAAUGGCCACAACAGUCAGAGCCGGGCCGAUCCAAAGUCAGGAGCCAGGAACUUCUUCUGGGUCUCCCACGUGGGUACAGGGGCCCAAGGACUUGGACCAUCUUCUACUUUCUCAGGCCAUAGCAGAGAGCUGGAUCGGGAAGUGGAGCAACCGAGACUCGAACCUGUGCUCAUAUGGGAUGCUGGCACUGCAGGUGGCAGCUUUACCCACUAUACCACAGCGCUACCCCUCCACCCCCCACUUCAUUUUAUACUCCCAGUUAUGUUGUUGAUUCACGUGCAGGCCAUCUUCUGUUAUCAGCUCACAAAAGCAGCAGAAGAGAGAGUCCCAGGAUGUGCCAAGACACCAGCAUAGCUUUGUGUAGCAGAUGAUUCAGUUUAGAAGAGGAAGACUUGUGGAAAUCAGAGCUGGGAGGAGCCCCACAAAGUCUCUAGUCUGGUUUUCUCUUAUUUCCAACUUCACAGACAAGAACACUUUAAAAAAUAAAAUAGAAUUUUAAAGUUUAUUUUAUUUUAGAGGCAGAGAAGAGACUGACCUCCCAUCUGCUGGUUUACAACCUAGAUGCUUGCAACAAGCCUGGGCUGGGCCCUGACAGGAACCAGGGACAUAGUCUAAUCUCCCACAUGAACGGCAGGGACGCAGCUACUUGAGCCAUCGCUGUGCCUCCCAGGGUGCCCAUUAGCAGGAAGCUGGAAUUGGGAACAGAGGCAGGACUUGAACCCAGGCACUACAAUAUGAGAUGUAAGUAUCCUAGGUGGCAUCUUAACCACUGUGCCAAAGGCACGUCCUAAUAAAAACAUUUAAACCUAAUGAACUUAGUAGACUCCUUCAGUAUCACAAAGCUAUUUUAGGACAGAAUCCAGAUUGUAACCUGGUGUUACUCCUAAUCUUAUGCUAGGUCUUGUUGUAGAGGGAGUCACUGAGGUAAGAUUCAUACUGUUACCCAUUCAGCCAACCCAUCUACACAAAGAAAACUGUGAAACUAAAGAUAGAGAAAUUGAAAUACAGCAAAGAUAGAGGAUGUGGUGAAGGAAGAAGGGAUUCUGGAAUUCCAUGAAACAUUGCUUAAGCCUCUUUCUCCAAAAUGAUUCUCAUGUAUCUAUACACUUCCAGCGUUCCUAAUGUAGUACAUGGAUUGUGUUUUUUUGUAAAUGGCUGAUAAUCAUAAAAACUGUCCAAACAGUAUGUCAGCUACUGUGUGUCUAGAGAACUUCUGAGAGGUUGCUUUUGAGUGGUCCAAAUAUGCUACAUACUGAACCCACAGCAGGGGGAGAUUCACAUUCUUAUUUCUAGUGCAUUGUUAUAUAAUAAUCUCUUUAUACCUAAAUAUGAUUUAGAGCUAAUACAGUUUUAUAGCUGAAUGACAUUCUAUUGUGUGUAUGUGUACACACCACAUUUUCUUCAUUCCGCUAAAAAAAAAAAAAAAAAAAGAAGGAAA